CCCAAUUGCCUCAUCCUACACGUGUACGUCUUCGAAAUACGGUAUCCGUACCUCCUCUUCUCUCCUUCUCUCAUAUCACAUCUUAGAACGGCUGCUUUUCGACUGAGAUACCCAAGUCGGCCAGAGUCUGUCCAACAUCUCUCGUCUACUUCAUCCCCAAAUGUCUCGGCUCCUGCUCUUGGGUCUUGCCCUUGCAGGCCCUGUGGUUGCCCACGGCGGACAUGCCGGCCAGGCGCCCAUCCUUGCCGACGAUGCGGAUUGGAUGACGAAACAUAUGGCCGAGGAGCAUCACAUCGACGGCUGGGACGCGAAGUCGUUCUUUGCACUCCACGACUACAACAGCGAUGGUUUAUGGCAGAUCGAUGAGGUUAUACGUACCUACGGCUUGAUGGACGAGUCGAACAAGGACAUGCCCCAAGAUAAGAAACUCGCGAUUGCGCGCGAAGUCAUCGAGCUCAUAGACAGCAACGGGGAUGGCGUCGUCAGCAGGGAGGAAUGGGACCACUACAUAGAGGCCGGCGAGACGCUGCCUGACAUGGACACAGGCCCUGGCCAUCACGGAGACGACGAGUACGAAUACGAGAUACACCAUUGGGAGAAGUAUCAUGACGAAAACACCAAGCUCGAGGACCUCACGCACCCCGAAGAUAUUGAGCAUUUUAAAAAGCACGAGGAGAUGGAGGAGGAAGAAGAGCGCAUUGCAAAUAUGGAGAAGAUGGCCAUUGUGGAGGCGAAUAUUCCGUCCAAAUUCAUGAGAAGGUGGUGAUGAGUAGUAAGUAACACGGGAUAUGAGAUGGGACCCAGGAAUGAUAUUUGACGAAGUAUGGAUUGUUGCUUAGGGACAUGAAUUUUCUGUAUAUAUCCUCUUAAUACAUACGUCGAAGACGCAGUGCCACACGUCGGGCGCAUAUGUUUUGACCAGUUCAACAUGUUCUAC